AUGGUCACACCGCUUGCUGAAUCAUGGUCAAAUCCGAAUCAGCAUCCGCAAGAGGUCCCGCAGGAGGAGGAAGAUAUUCUUCAGUAUUUACUGGGCGUGAGAAACAGACUCGGACAGUUGAAGCAGAAUAGGAGACAAUAUUUGAACUCUAAGGACGUGCAAGAGACUUAUCAAGAAGUACUGACGAAAGUGAGGAAAUUAGAUGAGAUUAGAAAAAAUAGUCACAAAAGUCCCUCGAACAGUGCGACAACCUUGAUCCAUAGUAAUGAACUUCACAACAGGGUCGACUCAGUUCUUGACGAUGUCUUCCAGUUGCUGUCCCUUUGUUUCCUAACGGUUGGUUUGAAAAAUAGUGCGCCAGCAACAUAUGCCUCACUGUCAACUGUUCAAAGUCUACUAGAACACUUGAAUGAAUCGAACGUUUUUACUCAGCAUGAUUUAAGACCUAUCAAAGAGAGACUGACUGAAAUAUCGAAAAUUGUCGAGCAAAGCUCUUACAGUAGCGUUACAAAUGAGAUCAAUGACAGUUUACCUGAGAGUGAUCGUAAAUUCUAUGAAGAGUUAAAUAAAAACAAAAUCGAACAAGAUUUACUAUUACGUGCUAAAUUGAAGCAUUGUUUGGAUGAAUAUAACAGCACCGAAAGUAAAGUUGAAGAAAUAGACCCUAGUCUUACAAGCAUUAUGGAAAAACUAUUCGAAAUUAGGAGAGGUUUGUUGUCUUUAGCUGCUUCUUCAAAAGGAGCUGGUGUCAACUCUUUGUCUCAAGAAAAGGAGCUAGAAGAGAAAAAUUUGGUCCCACAGGAAAUUGUGAAUGCGAAAUUGGCUCAAUUAACUAAAGAUCUGACUGAAUUGGAAUCUCACCGUGAUGAGAACGGAAAGUUUAUAUCUUUAGAGACGAACGAAGUUGAACAAAAAGGGCAAAGUGUAUUGAAUGGUUUGCUAGAUAAUUGCCAUGACUUGAUUAAUGAUUUAUCGCAUCAAAAGAAUGGGGGUAUCGAACUGGAUGCCAAAUUGCAACCAAUUUAUGAAAAAUUAAUUGAUAUUAAGACAAGUUUGGAGAAUCUAUUAGUUACAAGAAGAUGGACAUUACGAGAAACAGACCUGUUCACUUUUCAGAAGCAGUUGGGUGAAAUCGACAACCUAAGGGUUAAUGGUAAAUUUCCAACUGAGAGCGGUGACUCAAAAGGUCAAUCUAUUUUACUUUAUCUAUUGCGUAGAAGUUACGCAAUAAUUUAUAAGUUGUUAGAAAGUUCGGAACCUGUAUCAGAAUCUUUACAGCCUAUCCAUAAUCAAUUAUCCACUGUGCGCCGUUGUUUGUUAGAAUUGAAAAGAAUGGGAGGUGUCAACAAUGGCAGAGAAUUGUAUCCAUAUCAAAUGAAGUUGGCUUCACUUGACAACUUGAGAACUGAUGGUAAAUUUUACGAUAUAGAUGGAAAUAUCCCUGAGGGCCAGGGCACCCUUAAUGCGUUACUCGCAGAAUGCUUUGAUAUUCUUCAUGAAAUGAAAAUUGAAGCCCAAGAGCGUGCUGAGUCAGAGUCAGCCGAGCAUUCAGAAGCGAACCAAGAUGAUGAUCAGGAUGACGCUAAUGAUAAUAGCGCGGAAACUGAAGAUACUAAUGCUGAGCAACAACCAGUAGCAAAGUACUUAGAUGGUCACAACCAGUAUUCAGAUGAAGAAGAAGAUGAUGAGGCAGAUGAUGAAAGUGAGAAUAGCUAUGUAGAUGAGGAUACAGACAAUGAAGCUUUGACUCCUCGUGAACAAUGA